ACGUGCGUGUAGGUGCGUGUAACGUGUGAAUGUAAAUAAAUAAAUUGUGUCUCUGGACUUGCUCUGGACUGCACUAAAUAUUAUUUGUGAUCCAGCAGAUCCUGGUUACGACGGGUAUCAUACGAGCCAAACGAGCCAUGUCGCGGUGUCAGUCACGGGUCGUCACAUCUCCCCUGGACCGGAAGCCUGCCGCCCUGUCAGCUCUGCAGCAGUAUGGGGGCUCUGAUUCUGACUCUGACUCUGACAUGGAGGUCGACGUGGAACGACUCGCAGAAAAGCGUCGUAACUCAGACCGGGCCACGACCGAGUCAAAGCGUCCCCGCGAGGCACUCCCUUUGCCCUCCGCUGUUCAGGAGAUGUUCUCAGACCAAAGUGAACAACACCAAGAUAAGCCCGAAGAACACGAGGGCCGGGUGCGGGGCUUUGCGCACGUGCGCGGCAACUGGGCCUCGUACGUGUUCAUCCCGUUCGAGGCGACGCCGCUGUUCGAUUCGCUGGUGCAGACGUGCCUGGUGAUCUGUGAGCGACUGGUGAAGAUGACGGCUCAGGAGGAGUUUCACAUCAGCCUGACACGCACCGUGGUGCUCAAACACCACUGGAUUCAGGAGUUUGUCCAGUCCAUCAGACAAGUCAUGGAGUCGUUCCAAAGGUUCCAGUUGUCGGUCGGGCCGGCGCGGAUGUAUGUGAAUGACGAGGGCACACGUACCUUCCUGGGUCUGACGGUGACCACCGGACUGGAGGCGGUGACCAAGACGAGUCAGAGGCUGGACCGCUGUCUGGACGAGUACGGGCUACCGCCGUUCUACGAGGAGGGUUCGUUCCACCUGUCGGUGGCGUGGGCGGUGGGCGACCGCAGUGCUGCCCUCCAGCGGCUGCUGCCCGAACUGGAUACGGCCGUGGCCACCUACGCCAGCCAGAGCCCGCUGGUCUGUGACGUCACACGACUGGAGUGCCGCUGCGGGAACCGGAGGUUUGACGUACCGCUCGGCGGGACCGGGAGGUGACCUGGGCUGUGAUCUAACCCGGGCUGACCUCUCCUGAGCGGUGACCUGGGCAGAAACCCCCAGAUCUAGUAGUGACAUGACCUGGGUUCUGUGGAGAUGGUGACCUGACCCAAUUUGAACCUCUCCCGGGUGAUAACUUGACCUAGGUUGACAUCUGUACUGGGUUUGGGUGGUGACCUAUCGCAGGCCAGUAGCGAAGGGCCUGGUGAGGACCUACGGAUUAUGUGCUGUGAUUGUUGGGCCAUUGCUCGUAUCGGUGUCGAGCGCUCGCCAAUUGUUUUAUUGCGGGUUUAGCAUCACCCAUCAUCGACUAUGUUCAUCGUUUGCGCAUCACCAUCGCUGUCUCUGUUGCGUGGAAAACGAAUACGAGGCUAAAAUGAA